AUGCGCUCGGCCGCGCCGCCGAGCACCUCCUCGACGGGAAGGAUGCCGUCGCCAAGCGCUGCGGCCAAGCAGCUCGCCUUCCGCCAGGCCGACUUCAUUUGCACGUGCCCUCCGUACUUUGAUUUAGAGGUGUAUGAUGGCGGCGCCAACGACCUCAGCAUGCUGCCGUCGUACGACGCAUUCCUUGUCAAGUACUCGCGCAUCAUCAAGGAGGCGGCCAAGCUGCUCCGGCCGACGCAACUCGCCGCGUUCGUCGUCGGCAACCGCGCGGGCCGCCAAAUGGCUGCCACCUCCAAGUGGGUGCAAGUCCACCAGGACACGCUGGUGGUGGUGAAGGGCGACCGGUUCACGACGAAGGAGGCGAAGCGCGCCGGCAUCGACGCAUCGGGGUCGGGGAUCGCGGGGCUGUGA